CUGCGGUUAACAAUACAGUAAGAUGAAAUUCGCAGUGUUAGUUUUGCCACUCUUGUUUUGUUUUGUCAAAACUUCCGAUAUAAUACUUACCGAUCAAAGCGCAAUAGAUCCAGCAGCAUUAUGUGAUCACACUGUAACAUUUACAAGAGACCUGUUCAAUUUUAUUCAGACGGAUGUUGUACAACAAAUUAGUGGCCAACUUAACUCACUUCAGAUAAGUACCUCAACAAAUGUGACCGAAGUCACAACCACAUUAGAGAGUCAUGUAACAACUUCAACUGGCAAAAUAACAACGAGUUGUGAUGAAAGCAUCCAAAAAAUUACUACUGUAGUGAGUACACAAUCAGUAGUAACACUAAGUGGGCUUAUAAGUCAAGCUUCUGUUGCUUUGGUACCUCAAGUAGGCAGCAUUUUAAUAAAAGCCAUUACAUCCUUGACGAAUUUGGUAACAUCGAUUUUGGGAGUCGGCAGUUCUGGAAAAAAUGCCAUGCAAAUUGCACUCCAACUACUCCAAAGUGAUACUAACAAUCGUCUCAAGUGUUUGCAAGUUAAUGUAGUGCUCGCCGUCAUUUACAAACUUACCAACCUUUUGAUUGCUCACAAGUUAUCACCAAGCCACGCUUUGUCGUUACAAGACGUUAUUGUUUAUGUUCAGAGCGUUAUGCAAUAUAAUUUAAAUCUUCUCGUGGGAGUCAUCGGCGUGUCGAACGAUCUUACAAAUAUCAUCAAAAGCAGAAUAAAUAUUGCCCCUCUUCUAACUGAAGUCAUUUCAUUUGUUCAAGAUGUUCGCUCCGAGUUGGCCAAUCAGUUCUCUCAACUUCUGUCAAUUAACUUUUUAAAAGUAGCUGAUGUUGCGAAAAUUCUUGCUGGCAUAAUUAAUCUAUUGACGAAAAUUAAUUCCACCAUAUCACAAGCCCUGAAGUCCAUUAUUUCUUCAAAUCAAUCAACCUUGUAUGCCGUCAUAGAACUAAUCCCAUCGGCCUGCGGUAUCAUUCCUGGUCAAUUCCAACUAAUAGUCACUUCGUUCUUAAACAAAGUUGUUAAAAUUAUUGCCAGUAUUAAAGGUCAUCACAAAGAAGGUUGCCAUCUUGCAAGGUCAAUCCUUAGCUUGAUAUUAAAGGUCGUUGAUAUGGUAUUAACUCCUUUAAUUAAUUCUCUUAACAUAAUUCUUGGCAACAUAUUCCAAACUAAAAUUGACAGCGUUUUAAGUCCAGCUGAAACACAACAUUUUAUAGCCAAGUGCAAAUCACAUCUCAAUAGCGCUUUGAACUCUAAUUUGAAUGUCGUCAUACAAUUUUUGUCAAGUUUGUUGAAUUUUAUUUCACAAGUAGUUGUUCCUGUGGUAAAUCCCGUAUUGGUUAGUGCUAAAGUUUCGGAAGUAGUUAAUUCAAUAUUAACAAGUAUAAAGAAUCCAAUUGUAACACAUGUUAGCCAAAUAUUACAAAAACUGCCCCAAUCGAACUAUUCUGUCAAACUUGUUGUUGUUUUAGGAAGCUCUAUUUUCGACCACAUCAAUAAACUUAUUCAGCAAAUCAUCGAUGUAUUAAAAAAAGUAUUAACCACCUUGCAGUCGAAUAUUAAUGCAGAUUUAAAUUCUAUCGAUCUAGUGAUUACUUCUGCUUGUAACGAUUUAAGCGGUGAUCUUAAAAUUACAAUGAUUCAGAGCCUUAACUUACUUGCAAACCUUGUCGUCAAAAUAUAUGGACCGGUUGGCAAAUUAUCCGUGAAUUAUUUCAUGUCAAUAAUUUCAACGUUACAUAAUGGAAUAGAAAAAAUUCUACAAUCGCUAAUCCAAAAUGUACUAGGAUUGAUUACAUCUCUUGAAAAGAGUCUUUGCGAGGAUAUAGAUUCAAUUAACAACGUUUUGGUGAAACAGCAACUGCAGACCCUAAUAAAUAAUAUUGCGUCUGCUGGAUCAGACCUCACAAGUAACAUAUUAGAUAUUUUAAGAAGCAAAGACUACCUUUCACAACUUGGAGGCUUGGUUAUCAAUAUUGAUAGCCCACUGAAUAUUCUUGAGUCUCUGAUCCAAGCAAUUGUUGAUAUGGUUCAAGGUCAAGUAAAAAGUCUUUUGGGUCAACUUACUAAUCAAAUAAAGGCUCUUCCAUCAGAUGAAAUCGAAUUCCCAGUUGCUUUCGCAAUAAUCAAGAAUGUCCAUACAAUACUUUCCAAGCCACUUAAAAAUAUUGUUGACACCUUAACCAACGUGUUAGAUACCAUUAUAAACUCCAUUACAACAUCUGUGCCAAGUAGCGCCUUAAUUGGUUCUAUUGUUGCCAAAUUACCGACGAAAAUUGCGGGAUUGCUUCAGAAUGCCAUUUCGGUGAUUGUAUCACAAAUCCAAGACAGGAGCGUUCAAAGUGGACUACAGGCUAUUGAAAAUUGUAGAAGGGCAUUGGUGAUUGUAAAGAAAUACAUCUUAAACUCAUUAUAUCCUAUCAAGACUACAAUUUAUACGAAAGACUUAACAAUAGUUCAAAAUAUAUUCGUCCAAUAUUCUUCUGGUCAACUUACUAAAGGAGGCCUAUUGGGCCUAGUAGGAGGAUUACUGAACGAAGUGGUUCAGUUACUCAAUGACAUCUUAGGCGGUGUAGGAAAUGUUGUUGGGAACCUCCUUGGUUCUGUAGGUGACGUUGGAGCUAGUCAUGGUGGCCUUUUAGGAGGCUUGCUAGGAGGAGUUGGCGGCCUUUUAGGCGGUCUCUUAGGAGGAGUAGGAAGUUUAUUGGGAGGUCUCUUAGGAUAAAUGAAUAACAAUGUAUUUAUCAAUCAAUGAACUGUAUUGUAACUGCAAUAAAUUUAUAAUUCAAUA